CCGGCUACUCGAUCGCUCGCUCAGCUCGGCGCACUUCAGUCUGUCUGUGUAGUAAGCGUGGUGUGGAGGUGUUCCGCGCAAAGGUUCGGGGUUCGCCGCGACCGACCGCCGUCUCAGUCAGUCUCGUUCGCUUCGCUCGUUCCGCUUGGUGCGUUUUCGGUACUUGCUCUCCGCUGGCUGGCUGGCUGGCCCUGGAUGGCUGGCAGGUCUUCCACUCAGAAGAUCCAGUCGAGCAACUGUGAAAUAAAACAGUGAAGUGCGGUGGAGUGUUUUCUGGGGAUUUGACUCAAGUGAAUAUGGAGUGAUUUUCAGUGGGGUUCGGUAGAAUGGAACGUGUGAACCUUGAAAUGUACACUUUUGAGGAUUCUGAAGGCGAUGGGAGAUAUCGCUUUGGAGCGGACAAAUUCGCACGGGAGGAUCAACGAGCAGCAGAAGCACCAGUAACCUGAUGAACAAGGAAGCCAUUUCCGAGCAGAGUAUACCCCGAGUGUGGUCUGAAAUUUGCAUAUGGCAGUCGUUGACUGCCAGCCCCCCAGAGCCUAGAAAGGUCACGGUGGAGUUAACCAGCUGGGUGGAGUUUUCGUGAAUGGGCGCCCCCUGCCGGACCUGGUGCGGCAGCGGAUCGUCGAGCUCGCCCACAACGGCAUCCGGCCCUGCGACAUUUCCCGCCAACUGCGCGUCAGCCAUGGCUGCGUCUCGAAGAUACUGUCCAGAUACUACGAAACGGGAAGCUUCAAGGCGGGUGUCAUUGGGGGAUCGAAACCGAAGGUGGCUACGCCACCGGUUGUGGAUGCAAUAGCGGCCUACAAGCUGCAGAAUCCGACCAUGUUUGCGUGGGAGAUUCGGGACAAGCUGCUCGCGGACGGGAUCUGCGUUCAUGACAACGUGCCGAGCGUUUCUUCGAUUAAUAGAAUCGUUCGCAACAAGGCGGCCGAGAAGGCCAAGUACAGCUCCCGCAUGGACUCCAGCAUGCAGGACUCAGCUCCCCGAGGCGUAUCGCGACAAAGUGGCGGCAGCCAACAGCAACAGCAAGGUCCACCACCGCCGUCCCAGUCGGGCCAUUCGCAAUCGCAGGCGGCCCAACAGGAAUGCAUGAACCAAUCUAUGUCCGACUCGGAGGGUAUGAUGAAGAGCUCCCAGUCGCAGUCGGCGGCCGACAGUGUGGGAGCUUCGGCAUCGUACUCCAUCAACGGGUUGCUUGGAUUGUCGCAGAAAUCACUGUCCGGAACUACGAGUUCCAAACGGCGCAAAAUCAAAGAAGAGCCAGAUUUACGAAGUGGUCUCUUGGGCAGCAUAAAACGUGAUAAGGUACUGAAUCCGCACGGAUGGCACCAAUCAGACACCAAAGAUAUUUCGGACUACGAACACAUGAAACCGAUUGACCAGGACAAAGGCAGCGAUCUCUACUCCGGUGUGGAUUUUGUUAGUUCGAUGGCAAUGUCCAGUGAGGACAACUCCGACAAUCAAUCGAGCUUUUCUAUUAGAGGUGAGAAACCACACAAAUACCAUCGAGCCGAGGACGCCCUCUCGGUUGGGGUGAUAAUUGAAGACGAUACAUCCGCCCGCAAGCAGCAACAACAACACCAGCCGCACCCGUCCGAGCUUACCAAAGUCCCGGGAGGUUACGAGAAGAUUCUCACCAGCGAAAUGAUUGCCGCCUCUUCGGCUGCCGCAGCAGCCGCGGCAGCGGCCGCCGCUUCCUUAGGCGGCAGUAGCGGCGGCCUCAAGAGAACCGAAGCCUCCCAGAUGACUCAAUCCAUCGAAUUCCUCAGCGAUAUGAACAACAACAUUUCCCAAAAUCAAAACCAGAGCUUCCCAACGACGAGUUACGAGACGGCCGCCGGAUAUAGUACCGGCGAGCCGUCCGAGGCCGCCGUCCUGAAUCCGCACAUUGCCUGCUCGUCCAACUAUUCGGCCUUCCUGCAGAACACGGACCAGUUUGCGGCGGCCAAUCCGGAGCUGAUCUUCCCUACGGCCUACACCCAGUACGCACCCGGUUACGGUUCGUUCAACUACAACACGGCAUUCACGAACAACAACCUUUGUCGAGAUUUGGGACAGAUUCAUUAUCCGGAGGAGCAGUAGCCCCGAACGCAGUAGGCGACGAACCUCCUCUCCAAACAACAAAAGGAACAACAUUUCAACCAACAACAACAAAGAGUAAAACGAAUUUCACAACCGCUACAAAGAAAUAUGGCAUUUAAUACACUCACAUACACAGACAAAUACACACACGUACACACAUCUUAUUAGAAUGAUUUGAUAGAGAAAGAUGGUGAAUAAGAAAAUAUUUGAAAAACAUGACAAAUUAUAUAAGUGACAUUACAGAAAUGUGGCGUUCGUG